GGGUUUUCAUUUAAAGAAUUGAUUGCACAUGAAACACAGGCAGGACAUAUAAAAUUCAACACUUUCCAUCACUAAGUUUGGUUUAUAUAAAUCACAUAAACCAGAAGUAAUUAAUCAGAUAAAGACCGAAAAAAAACCACCAUGGCAGAUUCUGAACAUGUACGGCCGCUAGCUCCGGCGACCAUACUUCCGGUGAGCGAUGAAUCCGCCUCCAACAUCAAGAACACACACCGUAGUAGAAACAGAAUCAAAUGCUCAAUCUGCGUCACUGCAACAUCUCUAAUUCUAACCACGAUCGUGUUGACUUUAGUUUUCACGGUGUUCAGAGUCAAAGACCCGAUCAUAAAAAUGAACGGCGUAAUGGUCAACGGCCUAGAUUCAGUCACGGGGACUAAUCAAGUCCAACUGUUGGGGACAAACAUCUCGAUGAUCGUUGACGUAUCGGUCAAGAAUCCGAAUACGGCGUCGUUUAAGUACUCCAACACCACGACGGAUAUAUACUACAAAGGAACGUUGGUGGGUGAAGCGCAUGGGCUACCGGGGAAGGCGAGACCGCAUCGGACUUCGAGGAUGAACGUGACGGUUGAUAUUAUGCUUGAUCGGAUAUUAUCGGAUCCGGGUUUGGGUCGAGAAAUAAGUAGGUCGGGUCUUGUGAACGUGUGGAGUUACACUAGGGUUGGUGGUAAGGUGAAGAUUAUGGGGAUCGUGAAGAAGCACGUGACCGUUAAGAUGAAUUGCACGAUGGCUGUGAACAUUACGGGACAGGCGAUUCAAGAUGUUGACUGCAAGAAAAAAAUCGAUCUUUGAGGUAUACGUCAUACGAUCGAUCGAUUAACGUUUUUUUUUUUUUAGACAACGUGAGAUAUGCGGAUUAGAAACUUUCGUGACAAAACCAACAAAAAACACUAUCUACUUGUUCUAGUUGUUUUUUAAAAAAUUUGGGUCAUUUGAUUAUCAGCACGAUGCAAUAGAUGUGUUUCUUUAUGUUUUCUUCUUCUUGCAAAAUUUGUUUUUGUACAGUUGAUCAGAUUUUGAAUGGAGUGAACAUAAAGUCUACGUUAAAUAAAUAAUAUCAACGUUCCAAAAAUUGACCGAUGACUAAUCCAUUAACGUAUUAAAAUCUUUGGAUCAUAUGUACUAA